GAAAUUCGGUAUUGCACUUUUGGCGCAACGCGCAAGUAAGGCAAGAGUCUGGAAACUAGUAAACUGUAGUUGCCAAGGAAACGUGUAAUGGCGGCCGAAAAUAACAACAACGAGAACGAUUUAGAAAAGAAGUUUUCUACCUCGUUUGACAAUGAAGGCAUUCCCUUAUGUUUGGAAUGGAGUGCAGAGGAUGUAGCUGAAUGGAUAGAGUAUUUAGGCUUCCCACAAUACAAGCGAUGCUUCUCAGAUAAUCUCGUGAAUGGACGAAAAUUAAUAACUAUACAUGCUUCAUCCUUGCCUCGCAUUGGUAUAACGGAUUUCGAAGAUAUAAAGUUAAUUGCAAAAAAAGUUCGAGAGAUAACUGGCCUUGAGGAACCCGAUUGGACCAGAAGCAUUACCCUGCAACAUCGCGAAAGACUUGGCCUGUUUCUUGAGAAACGAGCGCUUACUGGUGCUGAGCGAGAUGCAGAAACGUUUGCAGAACUUCACCGGUUUUUAGAUACCAUGGAGGCACAUGCUCCAGCAAAGAGAGUUGUUUAUCCUGAUAUUAAAAAGACUGAUUCGAAAAAAAGAGCUGAGCCAGUGGCGAAGGCUUAAGUGAUCAUUGAAAGCAAGAGAACACUUAUGGCUUUACUAUUGAUCAGGCAUUUGGUGAUCAGCAGAGCUUUAAAAAGAAAAACUAUUAGAAAAAGUCUUGUCAAUUUGAUUCUUGCAGAGCAUUUAGGCCAUGUACAAAAAUCUAUGUAUUUAUUGAGCACGUUUUAUUUGUUGCUUGCACUUAAUUUUUAU